UAUCUGCUUGAGGAAGUUGCCCUUAUUCCGGAUCGAUUAAAGAAGAUCCCGUUGCAGUUGCUUCGAGGUGUGAAGUAUCUCCAUUCUGCAAACAUUCUUCAUCGUGACUUGAAACCUGGAAACCUACUUAUCAAUGCUUACUGUGAUUUAAAAAUUUGUGACUUUGGUCUUGCACGUACAAACAAUAGCAAGGGCCAGUUCAUGACUGAGUAUGUUGUUACGCACUGGUAUAGGGCACCGGAGCUCCUGCUCUGUUGUGACAACUAUGGAACUUCCAUUGAUGUAUGGAGUAAGGCUGUACUGUGGGCCGGUCUGGGCCUGGGACCGGCCCAAGACCGCGGUCCAAACGGGCCUAAUGGGCCGGUUCAAGUGGGCCUGGGCUUAAGUGGUGCAAAAGACCGUGGCGGGCCGGAGAAAGUGCAUGGGAAGUUUCUUGAGAAUAAUUUACAAGCUAUGGUAGAGAGUGUUGGGCUAAAAUCUACUACUCCUUUAGGAGGUGAAGACCAAGGUGUUGGAAAGACGCUCUCAAAAGUCAAAGAAUUACCUACUCCAACCCCUAAAGUAGUUACACAACAUAAGAAAAGGAAGCUUAAAUCCUCAAAGGCAACUUUGAAAAAGAUGGUAUGCGCUUCAACAGAUAUAGAGAAACACCCCCCAGUGGGUUUACUGGAUUCUCUUUUCGAGGAUAUGAAGAAGACAAAUAUUUUGGAUCUUUCUCCAUUAGAAAGUUUACUGGAUUCUCUUUUUGAGCUCGCUGCGUCAUAUGACCAAGAGCGAUCCAAUAUGGCUGAUAAGACGAGUUAA